CCCACUAUGCAAGGCUUUCUCGGAACCAUCUUUCUGUCUAUGCAUGCGGCAAGCCUUUAUUUCUCUUCAUCCAGUCCUUGAAUUGUCCCUGACGAUCAGUCCAUAUUAUGGCGAGUCGAUCCUUAAUCUCGCACGACAACAAGAACCAGCACUCUCGGCGGGAAUGUCUGAACAACGUCCAUGCCUGCAAAGACUUGUUACAAUCGUUGCGCUCACCUUCGAAACAUAAGGCCACAAGAAUCCCGCAUAAUCAGGCCAAAUCCAUUACCGCCGUGUCCACGGGGCUAUUCCCUCGCCUUCGAACAAUUUUGGUUUAUCUCGAGGGGGCUGUGACUUACAAAAAUACAUUCGCUCCAAGCUGCGGGCUAGAACUACUCCUGCAGGUCUAUGGCAAGCCCAUCGUUGACCGGAUCUUUUAUGCUCUCCAUCAGCAUAAGUCAAACAAUGCAAGAAUGAUCGUUUAUCAGCUCGAGAACGAACUGCACGAUAGUGUGGAUACAACGCAAUGGCAAGAUGAUUUCGCCCCAACCCUCAUGUGCUUCUCGUAUGGAUAUAUCCCCCGGGCGUAAGCCAACCUCUUGGCAUACACACCAGCUGCUACACUGCACCUAUGCAUCGGCAUGCUGUUCGGGAGCUGGCUGCUUUCUAAUCACGUGAAGGUGACCGGUACACUCGACGCGGUCAGAUUUCUACCAAGCAUCAUUCCUUGAACCUGAUCGGAAGCUGCACUUCCACAUCUUCCCCUCACAAAACAAUGACAUUGAGUUCCAUUGUGGAUCAACUGUCAGACCAAUUGGUGGACGAUAAUUGGCUGCGUCGUCUGGAUUUCGUUGCCCCACUUGUUAGACCCGAUCUCGAAUCCUUCGCGGUAUGGAACUCCCAUCACCAACUACGAAGCCAACCCAGAGUGAUAGAACAUGG